CUAUUUACAGGAAGUAUGAAAAGGGCACCUUCUAGUUCCACAAGAAGCGUGUAAAAUUUGAAUGUGCUUGCAUGAGCUGAGGACUUGAAGUUGUGUGCAUCCUGUUUCAUUGAGACACUACCUACGAGAAGGCCAUAAAUUUUGCAGUAGGAGAUUGCCUGCAAGCAAUGGAUUUCCUGGAUCUGUUCAUAUUGGCAUUGAUGCCAGUUCUAAAAGUUCUUCUUGUUACUGCCGUUGGUCUGUUUCUUGCAACGGAUCGUGUUAAUCUUCUGGGACCAGAUGCAAGGUCUCAUCUUAAUAGUUUGGUAUUUUAUUUGUUAAGUCCUGCACUCAUAUUCAGCAACCUAGCCGAGACGGUUACUAUGGAAAGUUUGAGAAGCUUGUGGUUUAUGCCAGUGAACAUUCUUCUGACACUAAUAUUGGGUUCUUUGCUUGGAUGGAUUCUCGUAAAAAUCACAAAAACUCCUCCACAUCUGCAAGGUCUUGUCAUUGGUUGCUGUUCUGCAGGGAAUAUAGGAAACCUGCUCCUGGUCGUUCUCCCGGAGCUCUGUGAAGAGUCAAAUAGUCCAUUUGGAGAUUCUUCCACCUGCUCUACAAAUGCAGAGGCUUAUGCGUCCUUUUCUCUUGCGAUACUAGCGGUUUAUAUUUGGUCUUAUGUGUAUAUUAUGAUGUGGGUGUAUGCGAAAAAAGGUGAAGGUAAUGGAAUUGACAAAGACGAACACCCUGACCCAGUAGUCGUAACAAUUUCCGGUGGAGAAUCCGAAGACUUUUUACAGAGUUCUAGAGAAGCCUUACUUUCUUCAAAGAGUUUAGAGGGCACAGAGGGGCUUUCAGAUCAAAUUGAACCACUCCCUCAAUCAAUUGAAGGGAAAGAGAAGGGUAAGGUUUUGGUCUUUCUGGAAAAGAUAAAGGAGCGUGUUAACAAUUUAACAAGCCAUAUCAAACUGAAAAUGUUGUUGGCCCCUUCAACAAUUGCAGCGAUUGUUGGGUUCACUAUCGGAUUGGUAUCUCCAAUUCGGAAGCUCCUGAUUGGUGACAGUGCUCCUCUCCGGACCAUUUACAGCUCUGCAGCUCUGAUAGGAAAUGCAGCAAUUCCUUGUAUAACCUUGAUUAUUGGUGCAAACCUUCUCAAGGGUCUCAGGGGAUACGGAGUAGGUGCACCAAUCAUAGCAGGCAUUGCAGCAAUCAAGUUCAUCAUCCUGCCUGCACUAGGUGUUGGCAUUGUUAAAGCUGCAAACCAUUUUGGGAUAGUGGAAUCAAAUUCAUUACUCCUGUUUACCUUACUGUUUCAAUAUGCAGUUCCACCAGCGAUGAACAUUGGUACAAUUUGCCAACUGCUUGGUGCUGGUCAGAGUGAAUGCUCCGUGAUCAUGCUAUGGACUUACGCCCUCGCAACUUUCUUUCUGACUUUGUGGUCAGCCUUCUUCAUUUGGCUUGUGACUUGAAUUAUUCUUUUGGGGGUUCUCAUUAAUCUCAAGAUUAAUCAUGGGCGGCAAAGCGCUCCUGGGAGUGCCACUUCCCCCAGUCCCCCCUUUUUCUUGAGAAAAAUUACUGAGACUUCUUAUAAGGAAUUUUUAUAGGUUAAUCUAACAAAUUAUCUAUUAACUU